AUGCACAUAUGUCGGUUGCUUUUGCACCUAAGUCUGUUGAUCGAGGAGAAGGAGUACAUGUCUCGAGUUCCCUAUGCUAGUGCAGUAGGAAGCUUGAUGUAUGCAAUGGUCUGCACUAGACCUGAUUUGGCACAGUCUGUUAGUGUUGUUAGUAGGUUUAUGGGUGAACCUGGAAAGGAGCAUUGGCAAGCUGUGAAGAGGAUUUUUCGGUACCUAAAAGGUACAUCUGAUGUUGGUCUCAUUUAUGGAGGUGAUACAGAGUGUUUGGUGACAGGGUUUUCAGACUCUGAUUAUGCUGGAGAUGUUGACAGUAGAAGAUCUAUGACUGGUUAUGCUUUCACUCUUGGUGGUUCAGUUGUCAGUUGGAAAGAUACUUUGCAACCUACGGUGACUUUGUCUACUACAGAAUCAGAGUACAUGGCAUUGACAGAAGCAGCAAAAGAGGGAAUAUGGUUGAAAGGGUUGGUUAGUGAUUUGGGUCUACAUCAUGAUCAAGCUAUAGUGUACUGUGACAGUCACAGUACAAUCUGUUUAGCUAAGGAUCAAGUACAUCAUGAGAGGAAUAAGCACAUCGAUGUAAGGUAUCAUUUUCUGAGAAGUGAGAAGAGAAUUAAGGUGAACAAAGUGGGUACUGCUGAUAACCCAACCGAUAUGUUCACCAAGCCGGUUCCACAUAGCAAGUUUCAACACUGUAUGAACUUGCUAAAUGUUAGGAGUUGUUGA